AUGCGUUACGAAGACCUAACCCACUCGUUUCAAGGGCUAUCGGUCAAUGAUCAUUUGGCCACGGACACUUCGUUGCCGCCGGCUUCUUCUCCAAAUCAUCAAGCUUCGGAAGUCUACGCACAGGGCAUCGAUGUGGGUCGCAGAUUCCGAAUUCUCGUCACAGGAAGGCUCGGGGCGGGGAAAACCACUUUACUGAGUCGCAUAUGUCUGAGGCCAUACGAGCAAAGAUCAGAAGAAAUCGAGGAGGAGUUGUCCCACACAUCUUUCAUUUUUCACGAUUCUGUCGGCUUCGAAAGUGCUGGAGACUCCAAGAUCAAUCUCGUAAAGGCUUUUAUUGCUGACCGAGCAAAAGCGACGUCACUAUCGAGUAGACUCCAUGCGAUUUGGUACUGUAUCCGAACAGAUACCCAUAUGCACUUUUCUCCAGGUGACAUGCAGUUCUUUGGCAGCAAUAUUGCAGGAGACGUUCCGAUCAUUGUCGUCUUCACCAGAUUUGAUGGGUUAGAAUCGAUGGCAUACGCCAAACUCCGGGAUACUUUUGGAAGGGCAGAAUCCAAGGCGAAACGAUUCGACAGAGCACUGGAACUGCUCCAGUCAAGAUACAUACUGCCCCUCAGGGCAAUGCGAUAUCCGCCGGCCGAGUGCGUUCGGAUGGAUAAUUUAACGACUGAGACCCCUACUUACGCUGAUCUCAUUCGCGUCACUUUGACCCUACUGUCGGGCGAUAUUCUUCGGCCAAUCUUAAUUUCCGUUCAACAACUGAACGUCGAUUUGUGUAUGGAACGGGCCAUUGUCCAAUGUCAAGAUACACAAAAUCUUCCAUCUUUAUUGCCCGCGAUAAUGUCCUGCUACCCUCAUAUUUGGCGUACACACGAAGAUGCAUUUAACACAGGACGUGAGUUUUUUGAUCCAUUACUCCUUGUAGUUCUAACCCGGAAUUCCGCAGCAGUCUGUUUUUCAAGUUUCGCAUCCGACCGCUCUCAUUGUGGAUCGCAGGACCCAGUGAUUUCGAUAGGACAAGGUUCCCCCGAUCAUGAUCUCCAUCUAAGACUGGUAGGUGUCCCGAAUUCCCAUCGCGACAACAUGAAUCAAGUGCUUCUACGCUAUAGUCUUCAAAAAUUACCGAGUGUAGUCCAUUGA